CUGCAUUGCCGCGCAUCGUCUCCGUAUUCAACGCGCUCGAUCUUGCCACGUGGGUCGCCGCAGCUUAUUUCUUGACCCAAGCAGGGCUCAUGCUCUGCGUCGGGCAACUGGUCGACACGAUACCCAUCAAGACCGUCUACGUCAUUUCCAUCGUUGUCUUCGAGCUCGGGUCUGUGUUAUGUGGGGCGGCUCCGUCGAUGCGGGUGCUGAUCUUCGGCCGGGCAGUGGCUGGAUGUGGCGCUGCUGGCAUCACCAUCUGCUCCGUUGCGACUAUUGCGACUUUCACGCGGCUUGAGGACCGUCCAGCUCUGUUCGGCGCGUUCGGCGCGUUGCUUGCGGUAGCGAGUAUCAUUGGCCCCCUGCUAGAUCAUGUAUCUUGGAGGUGGUGCUUCUACAUUAACCUCCCGAUCGGCGGCCUGAGCGUAGUCAUCAUGCUCCUUUGGCUCCCAUACCGCAAGCCACACAACUCGGUGCUGGCCGGGCGCGGCCUCCUCUCCCGUCUCAACCACGCACUCGAUUGGGUCGGUACCGUCCUCUGUCUCGGAUUUUCGGCGUGUCUCUUGCUCGGCCUUGAGUGGGGCGGGUCCGUCAAGCCGUGGAAAAGCCCGGCUGUCAUUGCGCCACUGUGCAUAGCCGGCGUGGCCAUUGUCGCGUUUGUCGUUUGGGAAGGACUUCGUGGCUCGAAGGCGCUGGUACCGUACUCCAUCUUCCACAGGCGGACGCAGUGUGGUGCUUCACUGGAAGCGUUCUGGCUGCUGACGUCUCUCAUCGUCUCAGUGUAUUAUCUCCCUCUGUGGUACCAAGUCAACGGCAGAAGCAGCGAGCAAUCGGGAAUUAACCUGCUUCCGCUGAUGCUUUCCUUCGUUGUCUCUUCCGGUGUCGCAUCAUAUAUUACCACGGCUACCGGCCGAUACUGGCACAUCAUGCUCGUCACACCGUUGCUGACCGUUGCUGGCGCAGCUUUGAUAUUCACGUCCGACGCCUCAACUUCCAACGCAAAGCUCAUCGGUUUUCAAAUCCUUAUGGGGGUGCGCCAGAUUUUCUUCUUUUGCGGUUCGUACCAGUCCUCUUUCGUCGCUGUGCAGGCCGAGUGGGCAGACGAGGUCGAGGAGACCACUCGGGCGUCGGCUAUUCUGAUGUUCAUCUCGAACUUUGGGGGACUCAUCGGCUUGAGUGUCGCUGGCACCAUCUACAACAACCGCCUCAGCAGCGAACUCUCGCGCGUCCAGGGCCUGACGCCUGAGCUCGUCGACGCACUCAAGCAGAGCGUCACCGUCAUCGCGACGCUCCCCGACGGUCUCCGCGAACAUGUCCGUGAGGCAUCGAUCAGGGCUAUCACAGCCAUCUUCCUCAUCCCGCUCAUCUGCUCGGCGCUGGGCGCCGUGUGCGCAUUGGCCAUCCGGAACCACAAUGUCAAAGAAAGGGCGAAGCUCGCGGAGGGCUUUGGUGGUGUCGCUGUCAUGUGAUGCGGCCCGAGUUGUCAGCUCACUGUCUGUCAUACAAGCUGUCGUAUGGUGUUGUCUGUCUUUACUGUAUUUAAGGAGAGGGUCUG